GGGCAGCUCCGCCCCCGCGCGGCCUCCGGGCGGUGCCGCGAGGCGGGGGGGCCCCGCGCUAUGAAAGCGCCCGCGCCGCCGCCCGCCCCAGAGCCGCUUCCCCGCCGCGCCGCUCCGCACCGGCGGCCGCCCGGAGCCGCUGCCCUCACCAUGAACAGAGGCUUUUCGAAGAAGAGUCACACUUUCCUGCCUAAAAUCUUCAGAAAAAUGUCUACUCAGUCAGCAAAAGAAAGGCCUGAAAGCUUGCAGUACCCAUUCCUUGAUGAUGAUGACACCAUCUCCACAGUCAAAGAAUCUAAAACCUUUUUUAUUUUAAGAGGCCUGCCUGGCAGUGGAAAGUCCACUCUUGCCCAGGCUAUUCAAGAUAGGUAUAAAGAUGCCUGCAAGGUGAUUUCUGUCGAUUCCUAUAAAAUUGUACCUGCAAUAAGAAACACCGUUCCUGAAGAAUAUUCAAAAGUUGAUGAGGAUCUAGUUGACUAUUGCAAACGAGACAUCAGCGUUAUCGUUUUGGAUGACACUCACCAUGAAAGGGAACGACUGGAUCAACUGUUUGAUAUUGCUGACAAGUACCGGUACAAAGUCGUCUUUGCAGAGCCAAAAACACCGUGGAGAACAGAUUGCUUGCAACUUAAGGAAAAGAAUCAAUGGAAACUGUCAGUGGAAGAGCUGAAGAAGAUGAAACCAAGCUUGGAGAAGGAAUUCCUACCCAUGUAUUUUGGGUGGUUUUUGAGUAAAAGAAGUUCAGAGAUCCUGAGGAAGGCUGGCCAGGCCUUCUUAGAUGAGCUUGGAAGUCUUAAAGCCUUCAAAAAGGAGAGUAAAUACUUUGCUUCUGCUAUUGAAGAUCCCAAAAUAAAAAUAGAUCUCACCAGCUACUUUGUGAAGAGGCCACCCGGAGUCUUACACUGCACCACAAAAUACAUGGAUUUUGGAAAAGCACCUGGAGCUGAGGAAUAUGCCCAACAAGAAGUUGUGAAGACCUCCUACGGCAAAGGCUUUACCUUGUCCGUUUCUGCUCUGUUUGUCACAACAAAAACUGUCGGGGCUCGCGUGGAAUUGAGCGAGCAGCAGCUGCUGCUGUGGCCAGGAGACACCGAUAAGAUAACGCCCGCAGACAACUUCCCGAAAGGCAGCCGGGCACACAUCACCCUCGGCUGCGCCAACGGCGUAGAAGCAGUCCAGACCGGGCUCGAUCUGCUGGAGUUCAUAAAACUGGAAAAGGCAGGGAACAAAGGUGAAGACAUGGGGGAGAUCGGAGGAGGGAAACUGCAGUAUUUUGAUAAUGGUAUGUGGAUGUUUGUGCUUUCUAAGAAGAUUGAUGUGAAGGCAAUAUUCUCAGGUUACUACGGUAAAGGAAAACUGGUGCCUACGCAGAGCACCAACAAACGGGGCUCUGCUUUUAGUUCCUGCACCAUCAUCUGAUAGUAUGGGGAGGGUAGCUUGUUUGUUUGUUACCGUUUGUUUUUUAAAGCAAGUAACUCCUGUAACCUUUAAAAUUGUAAAGAGAAAUAAUUGUACCUUUACUAAAUAAGUCCUUUUGCCAACUCCAGUAUGUCUCCAGGGAGACAGUUUAUUGGCCUCAGGAAGAAAACAAGUUACUCUUGACUGACAAAGGAAAGCUGUCAAAUAGACCAAAACAGUCAAAUAGAUAAAAAUGUCGAUAACUGAAGUGUUGAUUUAUUUUUUUUUUUUUUAACGGAAGAGUUUUGGAGAAACCUAGCUGUGCUGCUCUGCUUGUUUGCUUCCUCGGAGGAAGAUCUCCUAUGGUCUUUUAUAACUUCCCUAUGAACCACAAUCGUUAGAUUGUUACAUGUCAGUACUAUAUGAUCAAGCAGUGGCAGACCAAAGCCUGUAACUAGUCUGAAGCCAGGUGACAUGAACCGUAUGAUGUCUCCCCUGCCUUUCCCAAAGCUGAGGGACUAAUAUUAGCAAUAACAGUUGCUGAAUUACUAGGUAAAAACCAGUAAGACCCAAUUAUGGGUAAUUUCUACCAAGCAUGACAGUUACUACUUAGUAGUUUAGUCCCUAAGGUCAAAGAUUUAUAAAGGACAUCAGGGUAUCCAAAGCCCUGAUUAGAGGCUUCUGUGCCCACGUGGCCGCCCAGGCCUGGGCUACCCCGGCUUCCUGCGCACUGUUAGCACGCGGAGGCUUCCUUCGCUGUGCAAAGGGACGUGCAGGUGGGUGGACAGAAGGAAAGUGCAUUGCCAGAAAUGUCUUAAAGACAACUGCUGUGGGCUAAAAGAAAAGUCACAGAAAGGGAAACGAGCUAAGUAUCAGGAGAUACAUUCAGUUCCUGUAACAUGGCUCCAGUCACUUUCACAGCACAUGUCAAAUUGGGCUGAACCAAGUACUGUCCAGUGUACUUAUCCUGUAGGGAACAAUCCUGCCUUGGCAGGGAACGGAAGAGAUGAACUAGUGUCUUUUCCGUCUGAUUUUAUAGAAACUAAAAUCAUGUCUGAAGUAUAGAACUGUACUUCAUACAAGAUUUUACUACUUUUAUCUAAUGUACUUGAAUGUUAAAAGUUAGGAUGGAAGUAACAUUGUAAUUUAGGAAGUAAAUGGAGGUAUUGUAAUGACAUAACUUAAAUCUGCUCAGAUCUAAUUUUUUUCCAGCUGGUGGUUUAAUGUUCAAGCACUUCUGUUAAGUCAGUCUUUCUGAAGCUUAUGUUUUUGCUCUUAGUGAAACUGUUUGCCAGUUGGUCACAUAUUGUCAUUACCUUACUGUACACUUAGCUCAACUAAUGGGAGUCAGGUCAGAACAAUAGUUUAAGCUCAUGCUAUGGCUCAGUGUUUGGUAUAUUGAAAUUAAUCCAGUACUAAUAUGUAAAUGCUUACUGUGUUUGAAAAGCAUGUGCUGGGUUCAUAUGUGUAAAGGAGCUGUCACAUGGACACAGCUUAUCAGUAGCUGUGCACACACCAAAAACAUUGCUUACCAAGCCCAAUGCUGCACAAGAAACGCUUCCCCUCUGAAUGUUUAAAACAAAAGCAAGGUGAGCGUUGGGGCUGAUCUGGUAAACACUGUGCAAGCUUACUGGUAAAGCAGAAGAGUUCCUGCUGUUUCAAAAAAGAUGGAUGACAAUAAAUUCCCAUUAUAGCUUAAACCCCCCCCCCCCCCAACAAUCCAAAAAACCAAAACACGUAACCCCUCCCUUACCUUCAAAGUAAGAGUUGCUAGCUCCUGUCAGAAACUAUUUGACGAAGCCGAAAAGUUGCAGGUGCCUGAUGCUCAGCUUGGGCCUCUUGUAACAGAAAAAUUAUAUGGCUUUGUUCUAUCAAAAGAAAUAAGAAGUAUUUUAAAGCAUCAGCUGAAGACAGCUCUUGCUACAGCGCAGGAGCAUGCUGAAACCCCUCUCCUUUCAGUGCUCUGGUAACAUAACCCAACGCUCCAGCUUACAUCCAGCACCAAAAUGCACAGCUAGAAUAUCUUGUUCAUUUGCCUGUUUAAGAACAACAGUGAGACUGUCGUCAUUUAAGUGUUUAUUAGUUUGUACAUCAUAUACAGUUUAUAAUAAAGUAAACCAAUUGCA